UGUCGGAAAGAUUGUAGAGCGCUUUUCUAAAUCAUUUCUGGUAUCUAUCUUCGUAAGAUACAUCAAAGAUCUUUUAAUUAAGUGUUGCAUGAGCAAAAUCAGAGAUAAUAAUGAGUCAGGUCAAAGUUAUCCAUUAAGAUUUUUUUUUUAAAAAAAUUAUCUAUAAUUUGAGUCCUAGAUGCUGAGCUUGAGUGAGAGAUUUGAGGAGUUAGUUAAAAAUUCAAAUUCAAAUCUCUUAUCUUACACUACAUAAAUAAUAACAAUCAGCUAAUUCAAAAUAACUUUUAAAAAAUAUUAUCCAAAUGUUGUCCUUAAACUUUUUUUUGUUUUGAUUUAGAUCUUAAAUCUAAACUUGUGCUGGUAAUAUAGUCAUUCCAUCAAGUUUGAUAGCAAAUGCCUUUCUUUUAUCAAAUCACUUGAUCAGGAGUGUUGAUGGAAGGAUAAAAAAUUAAACUGAAGGACUAUAUUGCUGGUCAAAAACAUGGGAUUAGUACCUAAAUCAAAAUGAAGAAAAAAAAAGAAUCAAUCUUCUCUUGACCGAGAUUUCAGGAUGAUAUUUAACUAGUUAAUCUUCAUUCAAUCCAACCUUACAAUUCAUAGCUGAUAUCCUUGCUGAAAAACUGAUCAUAACAAAAGUGACUAACUAAACUCACAAUCAUGGCUGGUUUAUCCAUGGCUGAAUCAGGUGGUGGCCGAGACUUGCCUUCCAAGCUUACAUGGCAGGUCUUCAUUUGCUGCAUCAUUGCAGCCUCCGGUGGUCUCAUGUUUGGUUAUGAUAUUGGCAUUUCCGGAGGAGUGACGUCAAUGGAUGAUUUCUUGGAGAAGUUCUUUCCGAGUGUUUAUCUCAAGAAGCACGAGGCAAGAGAGGAUAACUACUGCAAAUAUGAUAACCAAUUUCUUCAGCUCUUUACAUCUUCACUCUACCUUGCAGCUAUUGUUUCUAGUUUUAUAGCCUCUUUCUUUUGCAAGAAAUUCGGCCGAAAACCCACUAUUCAAGCCGCUUCCAUCUUCUUUCUUGCUGGAGCCGUUUUAAACGCUGUUGCAGUGGAACUUGGCAUGCUGAUUGCUGGAAGGAUUUUUCUAGGUGUUGGAGUUGGAUUUGGCAAUCAGGCGGUGCCUUUGUUCAUAUCAGAAAUCGCACCAGCAAAAUAUAGAGGAGGCCUUAACAUUUGUUUUCAGUUGCUAAUCACAAUAGGCAUUCUGAUAGCAAAUCUGAUCAAUUAUGGUACUUCAAAAGUGCAUCCUUAUGGCUGGAGAAUUUCCCUAGGGUGCGCUGCAGUGCCCGCUAUAAUUCUCGCCAUUGGAUCUCUUGUAAUCAUGGAAACCCCCACGAGCCUUUUAGAGCGGGGAAAGAAUGAAGAAGCUCUGCGUGUUUUAAGGAAGAUUAGAGGUGUUGACAAUGUAGACAAAGAAUAUGCAGAGAUUUUGAAUGCUAUUGAAUUGGCCAAACAAGUCAAACACCCUUACAGAAAUCUCAUGAGUCGGUCUAAUAGGCCUCAACUUGUUUGUGGCACUGUUCUUCAAUUCUUCCAGCAGUUCACUGGAAUCAAUGUUGUGAUGUUUUAUGCCCCAGUGUUGUUUCAGACUAUGGGUUAUGGCACUGAAGGGUCACUACUGUCAGCUGUAGUCACUGACUUGGUCAAUGUACUAUCCACAUUGGUUGCAGUUUUUCUUGUUGAUAUUAUUGGAAGAAGGGUUUUGCUCAUAGAAGCUUGUCUUCAGAUGCUUGCUGCCCAGUCCAUAAUGGGAAGGAUUCUUGCUGUGCAUUUGAAAUCUGCCAAUAUCAUGCCGAAAGGUUCUGCAAAGCUUGUGGUCAUCUUGGUCUGUGUAUUUGUGUCUGGUUUCGCGUGGUCAUGGGGUCCUUUGGGCUGGUUGAUUCCCAGUGAAAUCUUCCCUCUGGAAACAAGAAGUGCUGGUUUCUUCUUCGCUGUUAGCAUGAACAUGUUUUGUACCUUCCUUGUUGCUCAAGCAUUCCUCACCAUGCUAUGCCACAUGCGAUCUGGGAUUUUCUUCUUCUUCGCUGCCUGGAUUGUUGUCAUGGGUAUUUUUGCUAUUUUCUUUCUUCCUGAGACGAAGGGGAUCCCAAUUGACGAAAUGAAUGAAAGGGUAUGGAAGAAGCAUUGGUUCUGGAAGAGGUACUAUGAGGAUUCUGAUAUUAAAAAGAGAAGCCAGGAAAUUCAAGAUAAAUCAGAGGGAGAAUCAUUAGAAUAAAAUGCGUUGUUUAAAUUAAUCUCGUUAUAUUAUCAUCGUUUUCCUUUGAUCUUGUUCUCUUUUUUAGGACACUUAAUAAGUUGGUUUCCUGUUGUUUUCUUCUUCUUGUUUGCCGAGAUAGAGGCAUUUGGUAAAAUUAUAAAUAAAAUCUUUUAAAAUAUUU